AUGAUUAUUCCCAUUCGUUGCUUCUCCUGUGGAAAGGUCACUGGCGACCUCUGGGAACGUUAUCUCCAGCUGAUCUCAGAUCCCCGAAAGACCGAUGGAGAUGCCAUGGAUGAGCUCGGCCUGAAGCGCUACUGCUGCCGCCGCAUGAUCAUGACCCACGUCGAUCUCGUCGAGAAGCUCCUCAAGUACGCCUACGCCUUGACCGUUCAUCCCUCCACGCGACAGUCAUGA